AUGUCUAGAAAUAUUGAUGACAAAUCUACUGAUAACGAACCUCCAAAAAAUGUUUUACCUCCAGAUAUUUACACAAAUAUACAUCCAAAAGUUGAAGCAGCUCAGAUACCCCUCGGUGGCAUAAAAUUAGAAGAAAGGGAAGUAUUGGAUCUCCAUGAGCAACUUGUGUAUUAUCACAUGAAACCUCCCCCAGUGCCGACGCCAGCAUAUCCAAUAACCAUUUGUUGUUCACCAAAGUGUUUACGUUUUGAGCUCAUUGAUGAACCUGUACUGGCUAAAGUUGGAAUUAUAAAUUGCUCUGCGCGUCCUAUCUAUAUGCAGUGCUGUGGACUAUGGGGCGAUAAGUCGCGACUUGGUGCUAGUUGGCGGUCCUACCCUCGUAAUAGAUUUUGGCUACCUCCAGGACUCCACACAAAUGUAUACGUCCGAGCAGUACCACGUCUAAGCACACCUGUCGCAUCAGCUACCUCUGCUCUACAAAUUGAUGCAAGUCAUUUAAGAGAUAACGUUACGGGAUACUUCGAGAUUCCCAUAAAGACAUAUUUCUUAAAAUACAAACCAGUUUGUGGUGAAUAA